GUAUGUUAGCAUUUCUUCGUUCGACGAGUUCUGUCACGCGGGGCAACAACCAACUGACGAUGGUCCCGGAGGAUCUUCCCCCGAUAUCAUAUCGACACUCAUUUGUCGUGAUCGGGCGACCCACCGUCUACACCCAGUUCGUCAAGAUGGUGUGCGAAAGCCAAUCGGCCCGCUUCGCGAUUUGCCGACGGAGUAACUCAGUGGUCGGAGGAGAAAAUUCUGUUUACAACACGAGUCGAUCGAGCAUGAGUUUAACGUCGAAUAGCAGCCUGAAUCUGAGGCGCUCAACCCGUCGCUCGGGCCAACGGAGAGAGAGCGGCAAUAAAUGCUACUGUCAAAUUGAGGCUCCAUCCAUACCUCAUUUGACUUCCGUGGGGAGAUCCCAAACAGGUUCCCUCAGUCAAUCCCAGUCUCCCGAGAUGCGUGAUGCUGCCUCGAAUGAGUCUACCCCGAUCUGUGCGUCCGUCUCCGGCUCGGUGUCGAGGCAACGAACUCUGCUCAGCGCCAUCGUCACCCGCGUCUCAUUCGACAAUGUAUCCUAUAAGUACUCUUCAUCCAUCCCUCGGCUUACCUCCAUGACCGCUGUCCUCAACACUGCAUUCAUAUUCCUUCUCUCCCUGGAUCCUCCUCCCAGCCCAAGCAAGGUCGCUACUGCUUCUAACCCUUGCAUGAAGUGUUGGAAAUGCCUCAUUGGAGAAGAUAGUUCUAAUCGUUCAGAGUGGAAUACUUUGAAGGAAGAUAUCGCAAUGCUCGAGUUGCGGCUACGGCAAUGCCAAAGAACGCUGGAGAAUUGUGGUAAACGCUUCGGCAAGCCGUUUGUCUGUCUAUUAGUGCUCUCUGGUGUCCAAUCUGCUUCGGGACGGAGGCCUUCUACCAGACAGCAAGAACGUAGACUCGCAGUUGACGAUCUCUGGCGCAUGUGGGGGCCGAGUGGCAAAGGUGUCCUCGCAGAUCGCUACGACUAUGAAUGGAACGGGGAUAAGUUACACGGUCUCGCUUGUGACAUCUCUGAGAGGCUCGCGCGGCAGUGGCGGUCGAGCAGUAUUGCAGUCUUGUGACCAGGACUUCAGUCCAGCACCAUAUGAGAUAUUC